GUUGGGUCCAACCAAAAACCCAACAUUCGAAAACCAUCAGAUCAAACCCAACAAUAAUCCCAUACCGUCCGAUCUAGGUCAAAUUUCACUCAUUACCCUCAUAUCAAAUUCACCGUAUAUAUAACCUCUCAAAAAUUCAUUUUCCCUUAGCUGCGAAACAUAAACUAGGGUUUUUUUCUAAGUAGAUUUCCGUUUCUUAAAUACAAACAAAAUCCCCGGAGGUUAAAGAGACGGCGCCGCCGCUGUCCGCCUUGACAAAGCACCGUUCCUAGCUUUCGUCUUGGCCCUCGAUUUUGUUACCCUAAUUUUUCCGAUUGCUCAGAAUAUUUUGCUUUUAAUCUUCAACAAUGGCAGUGAAACCAUCGAAAGCCGAGAAGAAGCUGGCAUAUGAUGCUAAGUUAUGCCAACUUUUGGAUGAGUACAGUCAAGUUUUGGUUGCUUCAGCUGAUAAUGUUGGUUCAAAUCAGCUUCAGGCUAUUAGAAAGGGUUUAAGAGGUGAUUCAAUUGUUCUUAUGGGAAAAAAUACUAUGAUGAAAAGAUCUAUUAGACUUCAUGCUGAGAAGACCGGUAACGAGAAUUUGCGCAAACUUGAGCAGUUGUUGGUGGGAAAUGUUGGAUUGAUCUUCACUAAGGGUGAUUUGAAGGAAGUUAGGGAGGAGAUUUCCAAGUACAAGGUUGGAGCUCCUGCCCGUGUUGGUUUGAUUGCACCAAUUGAUGUCGUUGUCCCUCCUGGCAACACUGGUCUUGACCCCUCCCAGACAUCUUUCUUCCAGGUGCUCAACAUCCCCACCAAGAUUAACAAGGGUACAGUCGAAAUUAUCACUCCUGUAGAGCUUAUCAAGAAGGGUGACAAGGUGGGUUCCUCUGAGGCUGCUCUUCUUGCAAAGCUUGGAAUUAGGCCUUUCUCAUAUGGUCUUAACAUCGAGUCAGUGUACGACGAUGGGUCUGUCUUCAGCCCUGAAGUACUUGACUUGACCGAGGACGACCUCCUUGAGAAGUUUGCCGGUGGUGUGUCCAUGGUCACUUCCCUUGCCCUUGCUAUUUCCUACCCAACUUUGGCUGCUGCUCCUCACAUGUUCCUCAAUGCCUACAAGAAUGUCCUUGCUAUUGCUGUGGCAACCGACUACGACUUCCCUCAAGCUGAGAAGGUCAAGGAGUACCUCAAGGAUCCGAGCAAGUUUGCUGUUGCUGCUGCCCCUGUUGCCGGUGCUGCUAGUGGAGGUUCUGGCGGUGCUGCUGCUCCUGUUGAAGAGAAGAAGGAUGAGCCUGCUGAGGAAUCAGAUGAUGAUAUGGGUUUCAGUCUCUUCGACUAAGUUCACUUUUAUUUAUUUAUUUAAAUCAGAUGUUACGGGUUGUGUUUGAUGUUGCUCUGUUUUGACUUUCAAGACUUAAAAAAAUUUUCAUGCUAUGUUUUGACACUAUGAUAGGUUCUGUUCUUAUUGUAGACGUGCAGUUGGAUGAAAGCGUUUUGCUGGUUUUUUAAUCA